AUGCCGCCACCAAUGAAAGCAGAUCUCAAUCGUGCCGGCUGGGAAACAACCGAUUUCCCCUCCGUCUGCGAAUCCUGCCUGCCCGAGAACCCCUACGUCAAAAUGCUACGCGAAGACUACGGUGCAAAGACCUGCAAGAUAUGCACACGCCCAUACACAGUCUUCAGCUGGUCGGGCGAUCGUGCCCACGGCCGCAAGAAGCACACCAACAUCUGCCUCACAUGUGCUCGAGUCAAGAACUGCUGUCAAUGCUGCAUGCUCGACCUGAGCUUCGGACUGCCUAUCGCUAUUCGAGAUGCGGCACUCAAGAUGGUGGCUCCCGGACCUGGAAGCGAGGUGAACCGAGAAUACUUUGCGCAGAACAUGGAGAAAGAGAUUGAGGAAGGAAGAGGAGGCACAGAGGUCUACGAGAAAACGGAUGAGAAGGCCCGAGAACUAUUGCGGAGAUUGGCUGCAAGCAAGCCCUACUUCCGGAAAGGCCGCGCCAUCGAAGAUGGCAGCGCCGCAGAGGGAAGCGCAACGGGUGGUGACGCAACUGUGGGCGCAGGCGUUGGCGGCCCUGGACCGAUACGAACGCGCGACUCGCGAGCAGCGAUUGUAGUAGGCGCUGGCCCAAAGCGCCCCGGCCGCCCAUUUCCCAGUGCAUCGCAGCUUCCUCCCGGUCCAAAGGAUUACAUACCUCCUGCUGAUCGAUCUAUCAUGUCGCUCUUCGUCACUGGUGUCGAGGACGACUUACCAGAGUACAAGAUUCGCGAUUUCUUCAAGGUACAUGGUAAGAUUAAGAGCUUAAUCUGCAGUCACAUGAGCCAUUGUGCAUUUAUCAACUACGAAACUCGAGAGGGUGCCGAGAAGGCGGCAGAGGCUUGCCAGGGACGAGCCGUCAUUGCGGGAUGCCCGUUGAGGGUACGGUGGUCGACGCCCAAGCCCGUUGGAACGAUGAACAAGGAGCAGAGAGCAGAGAUGAUUCGUGAUGGACGGAGUGCUUUUGGCGAUAUGAGGAAGCAGAAGACGAUUGAGGGAGGAAGACAACGACCUGCCUUGACGCAAGGUGAGAGUGGAGGUGCGCAACAUGAAAACAUUGAAAGCCUGUCAGCAAUUGCGGCGCCGCCGGGGGCAGGGGAUGUGAAUUAUGCCAGUCUCGAGGGCAACUGA